CCAAAAUGGCGGAAGGUAGAGUCGGAUCGGCAGGAGCUGGACAGUAAAUUGUAUCUCAAGCACUUGUCGCUUGUUAAAAUAUUUACAUUUGUUAUGAAAGUGGGGUUUUAAGCAACACCAUUUCAAGUUGUGAGAAGACUCGUCACAUUUGCAAAAGGUACAGCCGGCGGGGAUGGGAGAUGAUGGAGGACAAAGGCCCUCGCGUAGCAGACUACUUUGUGGUGGCCGGCCUGACAGACGCCUCCACGCCGCUGGAUCAGGAGAUCCACUUUGAUGAUGUCUGCCAUAAGAUGGCCAAGCCCAAGGAGCCCAUCACCGACGUGGCCGUGGUGAUGCGGUCGCUGGGGGAGGAGGUGCCGUCCGGCUACACCUGUGUGGACACCACCCCCUCGGGCCUGUCAGCCGACCUGAACAACGGCGGCCUCAUGGCGCCGCAGAUCUUCCUCUGCUACCGGCGAGGGCGUGACAAGCCUCCGCUCACCGACCUGGGUGUUCUGUACGAGUGGAAGGAGCGUCUGAAACAGGGCUGCCACAUCAUCCAGACCACUCCCUCUGGCCGUCCAGCAAACAUCAGCAGCACCUCGUCCCAACGCAUCUACAUCACUUACCGCCGGGCACCUGAGAGCCAGCCACAUGCCGCCCUGGCCGUCACAGACAUCUGCAUAAUCAUCCCGGGCAAGGGCGAGACUCCCCCGCACACCUUCUGUAAGGUGGAGAAGAACCUCAACAGCAGCUUGUGGGGCUCUUCUGUAUAUCUGUGCUAUAAGAAGUCGGUGGCCAAAACCAACAUGAUAGCCUACAAAGCAGGUUUGUUCAGCAGAUACCCAGAAGAGGACUACGAGUCGUUCCCUCUGCCAGAGUCGGUCCCUCUCUUCUGCCUGCCCAUGGGGGCCACUAUCGAGUGCUGGCCCGCGUCAACCAAAUACUCCCUCCCUGUAUUCUCCACCUUCGUCCUGACCGGAGCCUCGGGAGAGAAGGUGUAUGGUGCAGCCAUCCAGUUCCAUGAGCCCUACCCACAGGAGUGUCUGACAGAGCAGCAGCGCUCCCAGCUGGGCCUGCUAGGCCCUGACCCCCUCAAGAGCCCCCCCACCACUGCAGCCACCCCCACAUCUCCCACCGGCACCGCGGCCAGCGCGCCGCCCCCACGCUCCAUCUACACCAACAAGUGCAUCUGCCUGCUCUCCCACUGGCCCUUCUUCGACGCCUUCCGCAAGUUCCUCACCUUCCUCUACCGUUACUCCAUCUCCGGCCCGCACGUCCUGCCCAUCGAGAAGCACAUCUCCCAGUUCAUGCACAAGGUCCCCUUCCCCUCCUCACAGAGGCCCAGAAUCCUGGUGCAGCUCUCGCCUCACGACAGUCUGAUGUUGAGCCAGCCUGUGUCGUCUCCUCUACCUCUCAGUGGGGGUCGGUUCUCUACGCUGCUUCAGAACCUGGGUCCAGAGAACGCCGUCACGCUCUUGGUGUUUGCUGUGACAGAACACAAGAUCCUGGUGCACUCCCUGCGGCCCGCAGUGCUGACCAGCGUCACCGAGGCUCUGGUGUCUAUGAUCUUUCCGUUUCACUGGCCGUGCCCAUACAUCCCCCUCUGCCCGCUGGCGCUGGCAGACGUGCUGAGCGCCCCCUGCCCCUUCAUCGUAGGCUUGGACUCACGCUACUUUGACCUUUAUGACCCCCCGCCGGACGUCAGCUGUGUGGACCUAGACACAAACACCAUCUCCCACAAUGAAGAUAAGCGAGCCCUGACUUGGAAGAUCCUGCCAAAGAAAGCCUGUAAAAACCUGAUGAAUGUGCUGAACCAUCUCUACCAGCAACUUGUGGACGGCCAACAGAGGCCAGACGGUCUCCUGGAACUCAGCAUGAGCGACUCGUCCGAGCUGAGCUGCGGCAAGAGCCUGCACACGCUGGAGAUGGAGAUCCAGGAGGCUUUCCUGCGCUUCAUGGCGGCCAUCUUGAAGGGCUACCGCUCUUACUUGCGACCCAUCACCCAAGCUCCCUCGGAGAAGGCCACCGACGCCAGCUCUCUCUUCGACCUCCAAGGCUUCUUAAAGAGUCGUGACCGCUCACACCAGAAGUUCUACUCCCUCAUGACCAAGACGCAGAUGUUCAUCCGCUUCAUCGAGGAGUGCUCCUUCGUUAGUGACAAAGACGCCAGCUUGGCUUUCUUCGACGACUGUGUGGACAAACUGUACAGCUCAGAGCGCAGUGCAGAAAAAGGAGGCAAGGUGGACAGCGAUAAGCCGGAGGAAACCAGGCUGAUCGAAAUCGACGAAUCCCAACGCAGCGAGCACACAGUGUUCAUCACGCCCCCAGAGCUGCCCCCUCUCCCCGAGGGCGAGGAGUAUCCCCUGUGCUACAGCUAUGACGGCUUCCCGGUGUUGAGUCUCCACCUGUUCGACCCCAUGGAGGGGCUCCGAACCCCGGCCUCUCGCCUCGCCGCUCGGCCCAGCUGCCCCGCCAGCCCCGCGCCCAUGUUCAGACGCACCAAGCAGGAGAUCAAGUCGGCCCAGAAGAUCGCCAAGAAGUACUCGUCCAUCCCCCAGAUGUGGUCCAAGUGUCUGCUGCGUCACUGCUACGGCCUGUGGUUCAUCUGCCUGCCCGCCUACGUCAAGGUGUGCCACUCCAAGGUGCGGGCGCUGCGCACCGCCUACGACGUCCUGCGGAAGAUGCAGACCAAGAAGCUGCAGCCUCCGGACGAGGUGUGCUACAGGGUGCUGAUGCAGCUGUGUGGUCAGUACGGGCAGCCUGUCCUGGCCGUCAGGGUCCUCUUUGAGAUGAAAAAGGCCGGGGUCCACCCCAACGCCAUCACCUACGGCUACUACAACAAGGCGGUGCUGGAGAGCACCUGGCCCUCCAGCACCAGAGGAGGCUACUUCCUGUGGAUGAAACUGAGGAACGUGGUUCUCGGCGUGGCCCAGUUCAGACGGGCGCUACGGAAACAGCAGGCCCAUCCCACCCAGAGCCCGUUGUCAGAUGGCAGCGACCUGGACGCUGUGAGUCACGGCAGCCUGGAUAGCUCUAACACGGCCGAGCAGGGCCCCUUCGCCACUGACUCCAUCAAAGUAGACCCCACUGACGAUAGAUCUAGCACAGGUGACCAGUCAGACCUGGGCUACAACUCUCUGUCCAAAGAGGAGGUGCGUAGAGGAGACCCCACAACCCAAGACGCCAUCCCCGACAAGGACGACAAAAAAGAGAGUGACUGCAGCUCCCUAUCAGAAACAGAGAGUGCUAAGGGCAGUGGGGACUGCCUGCCCCAGCUAGAUUUCCCAGAAGUCAACGCUCCGUUCAAGCCUCGCCCUGGUAUCGUCCGUGGCAACUGUCCCUAUGACAACGCAGCCUGUGAGAUCAAGGGCAUAACCAGCUCGGGCCAUGUGGCCGGUCUUCUCUUCACCUCCUCUCUGGAGGAGAUAGGGGUGAUCCAGAGCAACAGCCUGCGCCGGAGACACAAGAGCGCGCUGGAGGAGUCGUCCUCGGCCAGCGGGCGCCCUGCCCUGGACUGGCAGGCGGUCCGCACGCGCAGGCUGAGCGGGGACACGGUGGGCGGCAUCCCAGUCCUGGGCCUGGGCAUGAGCCAGGCCGAGACCGACCCCGCCAGGAUAGCAGAGAACCUGGGCGCCGAUGCCAAGAUCCUGUCUGGAACCAGCUUCACCUCGAGGCCCCGCUCGCUGGCGCUGGGCGGGCAGAAGGGAGCGGAGGGUCGACCAGGCGCCUCCAGGGUCCAUCAGCACCUCGAGGAUGCAGAGGACAGGGAGUCGAGCGAUGACGAGAAGGGCAACACGGACGCCAUUUUCGAUUUGGAGGACCUCGAUUUGGACGGGCCUACAAUGGACGUCGGUCCCGCCAAGAAAGCAGUGGGUCGCAGCGCCAGCUACGCCGGCGAGGGCACCCCCCCGGCCUCCAGGGGCACCGUCAAACGCACCGGCAUCCAGACCGGCUUCGACCCUCUCUCCCUCCUGGCGGCCCAGUCGGAGUCGCAGCAGGACCAGGAGGAGGACCAGGACGGUGACGAGGACGAGGUCAGCACCCCGACCGUCCGCCGCCACCUGGCCAGGGAGAUCGAGCUCUACAUGAGCCACAUGGGCAGCCCCCUGAGCAGCCGCACCCCCAGCAUGGACCUCCAGGACCCCUCCAGCCCCCUCCUCCUCCACCCCGCGUCCACCCUCUCCGCCCCGCGCCGCGCCAGCCUGCCCCACAGCUCCCCCAUGAGGAGCGCGGGCGUGCCACGCUCCAGCACCUACCACUCGCCCUCGCCGUCCCACCUCGGGGCCUCCCGCCAGCGCCUCUGGUCCUCCCCGUCAUGCCCUCGGUCAGGCACCGCCACCCCCAGCCCCCGGCCCAGCCCCUACAGGGAGAGGGGGCUGGAUGACAGCCAGGGGAUGGGUCUGGUGUCACCCUCGCCCACAUCCUCAUCCUUCGCCCUGGACUCCCUCCUCACCCCCACCUUGGACGUGUUCAAGAGCAGCAUGUUCUCUGCUGGAAAAGGCGUUGCGGAGAAGGCCAGUCGCUGGUAUUCGCGUCUGGCCACCUACACCACCCCCACUAAGGACGGUAACAGUGACCGUUUGAGCGUGUCCUCCCUGGGGAUGGGAGACCCAGACUGCUGCUCCCUGCUGGAUGAGGAGGCUUACGGAGAACCAGAUGGACCCAUCUCCCCCCAAAGGAACGGCCCGGCGGGGCCCCGCAGGAGCCCCAGACGCAGCCCCCUCCGCUCCAGGCUGGAGAGCCCAACCCUGGGCUCCAGCUCUGGCCGGACCCCAGGCUGUGUGCUCUCUUCUCCUGGCUUCCCUCUCCCAGAGGGGGCCCAGUCAGACCUGGGCUCCUCCCUCUACACCAGCAACACCAGCAUCUUCCACAACUACGCCAUGGAGCUGCUGAUCUCCAGCUGCUCGCGCUGCAAGACGUGUGACUGCCUGGUGUACGACGAGGAGAUCAUGGCCGGCUGGACGGCCGACGACUCCAACCUGAACACCACCUGCCCCUUCUGCGGCAACCCCUUCCUCCCUUUCCUCAACGUGGAGAUCAGGGACCUGCGCGGCCCUGGGAGGUUCUUCCUGAAGAGCAGCCCGUCUGCAGACGAGGCGGCCUGCUCCUCCUCCUACUCUGUGUCCACGGGCCUGGACACGGGCACGUCCACGCUCUCCACCCCCUGUCCCACCACCGCCCUCUCCCCCCCCUCCCCCAGGAUCACCAUCCAGGAAUGUGCGGGGAAUAGCAGCAGAGUUUUGUCCUCAUCCAGAGCCCAGUGCAUAGAGAUCCCCAGCGAGCGUCGCCAGGGCACUCUGUCUCCGGGGGCCCCCAUGGCUCGCAGCGUCAGCGCCUUGGGCCCCAUGGACGAGCCACCCAGACUCAACCACUGGGUCCCCACCAGCGGCAGCCUGCCCAGCCGCCUCAACGAAGCCACCGACCCGCUGAGCAUGGAGUGGCGUCUUCACAACCCUGAGCCCGUGACGGUGCCCUACCUGAGCCCCCUGGUGCUGUGGAAGGAGCUGGAGAGUCUUCUGGAGAACGAGGGCGACGCCGUCAUCACGGCAUCCGACAUGGUGGACCUCCAUCCCAUCAUCUACUGGAACCUGGUGUGGUACUUCAGACGGCUGGACCUGCCCAGCAACCUGCCGGGCCUCAUCCUCACCUCUGAGCACUGCAACAGGGGCUCUCAGGUCCCCCGAAGCUGGAUGUCCGAGGACAGUAAGCACGUGCUGAUCCAGAUCCUGUGGGACAACCUGAAGCUUCACCAGGACCCCGUCCAGCCCUUCUACAUCCUCUGGAACACACACAGACAUAAUUGUACGCUUUUGUUAGACAACGUGGGCUACCCGCUGGCGCGGCCGGUGAGGGAGGAGGAGAGGCCGUUUGGGGAGGAGCUGCUGCAGAGCGUGGUGAAGAGCAUCCAGAGGAACGACGUGACGCGCCCCAUGGGCCAGCUGCUCCAGCUGCUGGGCCAGACGCUGGGCGUCAGGAGGCACAGGAGUUUGUACAGAGAUAUUCUCUUCCUGUCCUUGGUAGCUUUGGGAAAGGAUAAUAUAGAUAUUGAUGCGUUUGACCGUGAGUACAAGAUGGCAUACGACCGCCUCACUCCUAACCUGGUCAAACUCACUCAUAACUGUGACCGCCCCCCCAGCGCAGGAGUCAUGGAGUGCCGCAAGACAUUUGGCGAACCCUACCUUUGACAUCUCCCCCCCCCCCACCUAACCACCUCACCUUCGAUGUGUGACCCCAGACCUACGGCACACGCCCUUGUGCGCCUGGCUCAGCUCACAACCAGAACU